AUGGCUGUGCGCCUGGCAUCCAACACCACAAACCCCGUUCGCUCUUAUAGUGAUGUGGCGGCAUCUCGUCCCUCCUCACCUGCCACUGAUGAUGGCACGCAAGGUGCAGCUCACCCCAUCCCUCGUUCCAAUGUGCUGCACACAAAGGAUGAGGUCAACAACUCUGUGAUUACCACGAGUGUCGAUAGGGAUGUCUCGGCUGCAACAAAGGUACACCACAACAAUGAAUCGUCGUUGAGUGACCCUAUUGAAUUCAAUACUAUUGGAAGUAAAGAUUUAACUAAGGAGCAGGGUUCUGCAGUUAAGGAAGCCAAAUUAAGGCUAACUAAAGAACAGAAACAGAAAAUCUCAAGGUGUUAUGAGAAUGCCUUGAAGAUUAUGGAACCAAAUGAAUGGCCUCCAUCACAUGGCAAGGGACUGUCAAAUCGCAAAGGCAAAGGUCCUGACCCUAAGAAUUGGGGUGCAGCUGACCUGAGUGAUUCAGAUUUGAAGCCUUAG